UCUUGGAUUUUAUAGGAAAACAUUUAUUUACUGGGUUUCAACGUUCGUAUUGCAUUUCAGCUCUUCAUUUCAGUUUCUUCAAUAUUUUAACAUAGUGAUAACUAAGCAUAUAACUAAUGCCAAGAUGGGGAAGCCCGAGCCUGCGCGCAAAAGUGUUAGUUAACGUUUUUCAUGGUGUAACAUUUCACAACUUAAGUUUUGGUAAUGUAGAGUUCGACAACUUCGUCGAAAUCUUCAAACAUAAGUUUACGUGCAAGUGCUUCAACCAGAAUGAGUUCAAGGAAACAAGUGAAUGUGGCCAAAAGAAAAUGGACCAAAAAGAACAAAAAAAUCAAACAGUUGUUUGAACAGCUUCGCGAGAGCCACUCGGUUAUCAAUUUGGAUGACACCACAGAUAAUAAUAGGAAGCGAAAGUCAUCUUCAGUUGACUUGAGUGAAACAGUCCAGGCGAAGGUUAAAAAAAUGGACUAUAACUCAAGUGUGAUUGUUAUACAAGACAAUGAGCCUACUGCAACUCCACAGAAGAAGCGUAGUGCACUACAUUGCUCUACUCCUCUUGGUGGGAGGACAAGCACAAACUUUUCAGAUUUAAAUGUGUCUGCGAUCAAAAAUGCAACAAACAAUAAUGAUCUAUUAGAAAACUUCAACCGUGAAGUAUCAAAUUUAACGUCAGAUAUAGAAAGUGGGAUUCCUGUCAACAAACAAUUUAUAACGGUAGACCUCACAGGAGAGGUGCAGGGUAGUACUAGUAAAGAUAUAAUCAAUGUCACUGAUAGUGACUGCAUAUUAGUGUCUUCAAAUACAUCCGUGAGCACUAGUAGGGACUCACAAAUAACCGUAAUAGAGAGGCCCAAAAGUACAGUUUCCGAGGAGAGAACAAUUCGUAGGGUCGCUAAAGGUUUGAACGGCUUGAUAGCCAAUCUGGACAGUUCGUCCCAGGGCAAGCUCCUAAAGAUGAUUACGCAGAACAUUUUCAGCGGCUGUAAUGUAGCUAUGGGUUUGAAAAAUAACCUUGAUAAUGAUAGGGUACCUCGCAUAGCGGAGACACCAGAAGAUGUAUACAUCAAAGAGAUGUUCCAGGGUAAACGGCCCUCGAAUAGUAGUGUUGGUAGCAAUAUCUAUAACCCGGAGAAACAUGUAAAGAGGUCUGGGCCUAGGACCAUAGUCAUAGAUGGCAGUAAUGUUGCCAUGGAGCACGGCAGAGGCAGAGAAUUCUCAGUGAAGGGUUUAAAGAUCUGCAUAGACUACUUUGUGAAUCGCGGUCACGAAGUUAGGGCCUUCGUGCCAAGGUUUAGAUGUAAAUUCGGCAAAAGCACAGAGCCGCGGUUGCUGGACGCGAUGGAGCGCAGCGGGCUCGUCGUGUACACGCCCUCGCGCGAGCUGCAGGGCAAGACCAUUGCCUCCUACGACGACAGGUACAUAGUACAAUACGCGGCGGCGGUAGACGGCGUGAUCGUGUCCGGCGACAACUACCGCGACGUGGCGCUGGAGCACCCGCGCUGGCGCAAGACCAUCGAGCAGCGCGUGCUGCCCUUCACGUGGGUGCAGGACAUGAUCAUGUUCCCCAGGGACCCGCUGGGGAGGAACGGACCCACGCUCGAACAGUUCCUUAGGCAUGAUAGUUAGCUAACUAAUAUUUUCUUGAGACCGAAGCCGACGCGCGUAGAUAGAUAUAAAGUGAGAAAGCUGCAGUAGGCAUCUUUAAAACUGUUUUUAGUGUCACGCGGAACGAUCCGCACCGGACUAACAUGUUUAAAGUUCAGGGGGCGUUUUAGAGUAAAGCGAACGACAACGUCACCUUCAAACAAAUUGGUCGUGCGGAUCGGUCCGCGUGACACCAAAAUCACCAUAAAAAACAGAAUGAGAUUUGUUGUAGAACUCUGCGAGCAUGUUGGUUUUAGCCUCUCAAGUAGUAGCUUUGUUUUGAUGUACGGCGGUUUUUACAAUUAAUGCGAACCGUUACGUCACUCCAUUAUUUAUUACUUAGCAAUCUUUACAUAUGAUUUUCAUGCCUAAAACAGUAAAGGCCACUUAUCAGAAAAUCUAUUGAAAUUUCGAUUAAAAUUUACCGUAUUAAGUUAUUAUAAUUUGCCAGUAAUUAGGUACGUCUUCCUUUCGGUAAACAUCAAAACGAAGCUACACAUAAAAAACCAAAAACCUCGUAUACUGUAAGCCAUUUUAUAAACGUUGUUUUUGUAUUCCGAAUACUAAAAAAAAUGUUCAAAAACUCCAA